AGAGAAUCCCAAAAAUGACACCCAGAUUGCAGGGGAGCAGAGCAGAGGGAGAGAGAGACUGAGUGAGAAAGAGACUGGGAGAGAGAAAGAAAGAACUCAAAAACCCGUUCAGUUUCAGGGAGAAAACAGAGAAUAUCAGCCAGCCCAUGUUUUAUUGUACAGCUUCAUACUUGGCAUCUUGUGGAAAAUUCCGACUUUAGAAAUGUCGUUGGACACAAAGAAGACCUGAGAAGAAUACACCAAUGUGUUUUUGAAAACAAAAGCGUUAGCAUAAACGUUUCCUGUUUCUUGACAUCGUAGUAGAACGGAGAACCCCUUGGUUUGAACUCUGCGCUCCUCUCCAGUUUUGUGAAGACCACUGUCUGCUGCAGUCCAACCGUCAAGAUGUGUGACCUGAUGCCAGUUUCGAAACCUGCUGAAAAAAUCGGCAAAAUGAAAAAGUUGCGAAGAACUUUGUCAGAGAGCUUCAGUCGCAUAGCUUUCAAGAAAGAGGACAGUGGCUUUGAUGAGAUAUGUGUCACAAAGAUGUCCACACGCAGCGGCCAGGGAAAGGACUCGGUCAUCACGCCCCUGGACACCAUCCCUGAGGACAGGAAGGUAAGGGUUCAGCGGACACAGAGCGGUUUCGACGCCUUCGAGAAACCCGCCAGCCAGGUGAAGAGGGUGCACUCAGAGAACAAUGCCUGUAUCUCCUCCAAGGCCUCCUCUACUGGGAAAGAGUCGCCCAAACUGCGCCGACACUCCAGCCCCAGCUCUCCCACAAGUCCCAAGUUCGGAAAGGCUGAUUCCUAUGAGAAGCUUGAGAAGCUGGGAGAAGGCUCGUACGCUACAGUAUACAAAGGGAAAAGCAAGGUGAACGGCAAGCUGGUAGCCCUGAAAGUGAUUCGUCUGCAGGAGGAGGAGGGGACACCGUUCACCGCCAUCAGAGAAGCGUCUCUUCUGAAAGGUCUGAAGCACUCCAACAUCGUGCUGCUCCAUGACAUCAUCCACACCAAGGAAACACUGACUCUGGUCUUUGAGUAUGUGCACACAGACCUGUGCCAGUACAUGGACAGGCACCCAGGAGGACUGCAUCCAGACAACGUGAAGUUGUUCCUGUACCAGUUGCUGAGAGGUCUGUCCUACAUCCACCAGAGGUAUAUCCUGCACCGCGACCUCAAGCCUCAGAACCUGCUCAUCUCUGACACUGGAGAACUCAAACUGGCCGACUUCGGUCUGGCACGGGCUAAGUCAGUCCCCAGCCACACCUACUCCAAUGAGGUGGUGACCCUGUGGUACCGCCCCCCUGAUGUCCUCCUGGGAUCCACAGACUACUCAACCUGCCUGGACAUGUGGGGUGUAGGAUGUAUCUUCAUCGAGAUGAUCCAAGGAGUGGCAGCUUUCCCUGGGAUGAAGGACAUCCAGGAUCAGCUGGAGAGGAUAUUCCUGGUGAGUCAGCACCCCUGUGAGGAUACCUGGCCAGGGGUCCACUCCCUGCCCCACUUCAAACCAGACAGCUUUACUGUCUACAGUUCCAAGAAGCUCAGACAAGCAUGGAAUAAGUUGGGCUAUGUGGACCAUGCUGAGGAGUUAGCCUCUAGGUUCCUCCAGUGCUUCCCAAAGAACCGUCUGUCUGCUCAGGCAGCUCUCCAGCAUGAGUACUUCAGCCAGCUUCCUCCACGGCUCUGGGAGAUCUCAGACAUGGCUACUAUCUUCACGGUACCAAAUGUCAAGCUGCAGGUGGAGUCAGGUGACAGUAUACAGGUGUGUACCAGGACCAGCUCCAGCCAUGCUAAAGGACUGUCCAACAGCAAACACUGACCGGGGCAGACUGCCCCACAGCUAGCCAGGUUGCUGCUGUGGUCAGUCCAAGAGAGAAGGACAAAGACACUGAGAUGGAGGAACCACCGGGAUCACAUUCCCUCUUCUGUUUCUUUAACUUAUUACCUUUCCGUGUGUGUGUGUGUGUGUGUGUGUGUGUGUGUGUGUGUGUGUGUGUGUGUGUGUGUGUGUGUGUGUGUGUGUGUGUGUGUGUGUGUGUGUGUGUGUGUGUGUGUGUGUGUGUGUGUGUGUGUGUGCAUGCAUUUUGGUGGGUGACACCUCCAAUUUCAGUUUUAUAAUUUGCAAUUUUUGUUGACUUUUAUAAUGUUAUGAUACUCGUCUAUCGUUGACACAUUUACAAUACCCUUAAUCAUCAAGGGACUUUACAAUACUAUUGAUACAUACUGUGGCUUGUGUUUCUAACUACCUAUGUGAGAAUGUAUAUUUGUGUGUACAGUAUACUCAUAUUUAGAAAAUAUAUCACGGACUCCAAGAAAGCUCACAUUCUUUCACAAACAUGCUACACUUGCAUGCAUUCACGCACGCAUGCACAAACUCACACGUACACACACACACAGAUAUACACACACACACACACGUACACACACACACACAGAUACACACCCACACAGUUUCACUCACAACACAAACUUGAACUGAGAAUGACAAGCGGUGGUAAUGUUUCUCUUUAACUUUGAACUGUUCCUCCUCUGUAACUGUCAGGCCACAGUCAAAUGACAUCAAAUCAAUAAUAAUCAUAAGAGCAAUGGUAGUAAUACUGUAAUAGUGAUACUGGUGAUAAUAAUCCGUUAGUCUCUGCUGGAGAUGAUGCAUACACACAAAGCAAUGAGCGUCGAUGACAUCGUGAAGAGUCACAUGUUAUAUGGUAAAUUCGCUGUGGUUCGUCUCAGUGUAUGUGGGUGUGUUAUAUCUGUGUGAUUGCGUGUGCAUCAAACAUGGGCAAUACCCUUCAUUGGUGCUUCCAUGUAGGCCAUGAGGUACUGUUAUCUAUACCGCAUCCUGUUGUGCACUGUAUCGAGAUGGUAAAACACAAUGGCAAUAGGCUCAGUGGGAUUUCGAUCUCUUGGUUGACCCGUGACAAUCCUCUUCUCCUUCACAUCCUUUGAACCGUCACCGUCCAGUAAUGUAUAUCAGACGUCAUCACAAAUGUUUUUAGACGAUUACGUCAUUGGCUCUUUGUCUCAGCCAUCACGUCAAUACAAUUACUAGGAGCACUUUUUUUGAUAUCGUGUGAUAUUGAUCUAACAAAUAGUUUUGUUUCAUUGGCUGGUACAAAGAUCUCUUUGUGUUCGAUUUACAACUGGGUGUUGUUUUGUAUAAAAAUACCUGCUCAUAUUAGUCAUGUGUGAGCUAGGUAAUAUAGCAAUGACCAGUAACAUGGAGAAUAUGGGUUCCUGUUUUAUGAAUUGAUUUGAAAUCUACCACUAAUCUGAAUGGGCCUGUACUGUUCACAAGUAGAGGGGGAGGAGAGUUCUGAGUGAGAUAUCAUGGACACACACUGACGAUCAGGAGAGAUUAGUUUUCUUAAUCCACGCUGACACCCUUAGAAAGAUGUGUGUGUGCACUCUCUCUCUCACACACACACACACACACACACACACACACACACACACACACACACACACACACACACACACACACACACACACACACACACACACACACACACACACACACACACACACACAUGAGAACACAUGAGAACACAUGAGAGACAGUCACAAGUAUUAUACAGUAGACACUUGGCCACACACAGUCCCUCUCCAGCCAUGCCUCACCUGCUAGUCUAUCAUAGAGGGAGGAGGAGGAGGACACGCUGAAAGGAAAUGGGGCCUUGUAGAAGGCUUUGACAUAGUUCGCCAUAUGGCCAAGUCCAUGUUGUGUUACAGCUUUAAUUGUCCCACCAUCUCUAGUGGUGUUUGGUGUGGUAUAGAGCACUCGAGGCAACGACAGAGAAACACGGUGAUAGUGACGACUUGUGUCAUUAGCUUUUUGAGAAUGCACUUUUUUAAUCUACUUGCCCUACUGUACAUUCCAGCUUAUUAAAAAUGUCACUUUUUGCACCUGUGUUGUCCUUAAUCACAUGCCCUUGCCUGCACAGACUAGAAAUAUCAGUGCCCUCCCUUGUCAACCAUAGUAUAGGCCAGCAGACCCCAGUUUCCAACCCCAGUGAGACUUUUUGAGGAGAACUACUACAAAUACUUGAAGUGAUUUCAUCGAACUUCAGUGUCAUUCCUGGUGGGGCAAGUGAUUCUGUGUUGUGGUAGUGAAGACGGUGAGGAAGGGUGGAGAGUAGAGUGGCGUCUUAAUGUGACUAAAGCAGCGUGACAGAGGAGGGUAAAUACCUGAGAGCUCUGCUGAGAUAGAUCGCCCAGCUCGCUCUGCUCGGCCUUGCAUGGCUUUAUGGGAUACAGGAGGUAUUAGCAGCUGAAUAAUUAUUGUUCAUACGUUACUCUCCUGCUUUCUGUCUGUGUGGCAUAUCACUUUUCUAAUGCCCCCUUUUUAUUUUGUGCCUUUGUGUCCCAGAAGUUUCUUCCUUUGCCGCCUGCCGGCGACAUCACAUAAACAUGAAAAUAUUGAAUAUGUUUUGGACUACCUGCCUGCCUGCCUGCCUGCCUAUGUGGGUGGACUUCCUGAAAGCUCUUUUUUUCUCCUCUGGGAACGAAAAGCAUUUCUCUAUGAAGGGAAAUCUUGGGAAAGAAGUAGUGAAAUUGCACAUUGAGCACUGUGGUGGUCGAAAUUAUUAACAUUUUAAUGGGGCCUACUAGCAUUUUAAUGUUACCAUUGGUUCUUGCUUGUAAAGUUAACUUCCAGAUGUUUAAUAAAAUGCAUUUACAAAUACACAAUUCAAAUCUGAAUUGGGGAAUGGCUUAAGAUGGAUCUGUUUGCUAUACUGGUCAUGCUACGGAAUGUGCACAUUCUGAGUCAUAUUUCGAGAUACAUGUCAAUAUUUAAUCAUUUUGUAUCCUUUGUUAUAAACUGUCUUACUAGGCUGUAUAUAAAGGGGGAGGUGAAACGCCUUGUGUAAAAUUUAAUAGUGACUAUGUUUGCGUACAUACAGGGUCACGCGUGUCUCCUCUGCGCCAUAAAAGAGAGGAUUCGUAUUAAAUAUAUAUGGAUAUAUACACAUACAGUAUAUUUUUUGGCCUUGUCAGUUUCUUAACUGCGUAGACGUACAGUAUAUGUUGGGAAAGGCGUUUUGGAACCAGACAUGCAACCCCCGCUGUACUCAACACUGAAUCUGUGUUUUACAGUACAAAAAAAAAGCUUCUCUUUGCGUAUCUAUUUUUUCUUUUUUGUAUGAUGCUCUGAAAAUACAUCAUUUUUCACAAGUGGUUUCGGACAUAGAAGAAGUGUUACCGGUCACUUUAUAAACUGAAACUUAGGAUAUAAUAGUAGAAUAGCUGUUGCAUUACCUAUUUGUUACGACCUGUAUGUAAUGUUAUUAUGGAAGAUGUAAUGUCCUUCUGUAAAUGUUGUUUAUUGUUGGUUUACCUGAAAUAAAUAAAGUUUAUUAAUGCUUCAAA